AUGUCCAACAAGGCAGUUGGGCCUGGAGGCUGCAGAAUGAGAUCAGAAAGCCAACAGUCCACUAAGCCUGCUUAUAACCACCAUCUGGCCUGGAGGAGGACUCUACAAGUGGUUGUGAGUUCCUUGCUAACAGAGGAGGGAUUUGAGAGGACUGAGAAAGCAUCUGUGGAAACAUUGACAGAGAUGCUACAAAGCUACAUUUCAGAAGUCCGGAGUAGUGCCAAGUCUUACUGCGAGCACACAGCCAGGACCCAGCCCACACUGUGGGAUGUCCUGGUCACACUGGUUGAAAUGGGGUUUAACGUGGACACUCUUCCUGCUUAUGCAAAAUUGUCUCAGAGGAUGGUCAUCACUGCACCUCUGGUGACCAAUCAGCCAGUGACAGCCAAGGCCCUCCCUGCAGGACAGAACAGACCCCACCCACCACACAUCCCUAGCCAUUUUCCUGAGUUUCCAGAUCCCCGCACCUACAUCAAAACCCCCACAUACUUUGAACCAGUGUCUGACUAUCAGGUCCUGAGAGAGAAGGCUGCAUCUCAGAGGCGAGAUGUGGAGCAAGCACUCACCUGCUUCCUGGCCAAGACAGGCAAGACCCAUCUUUUCAAGGAUGAUGUCAGCACUUUCCCCUUGAUAGCUGCCAUACCUUUCCCCAUCCCCUGCCUCAGAGCCUUGCUUCCCCCUGAGCAGGAGAUCCAGCAGAUGGAGGAGUCUGACACAGAGAACAUCACUCUUCCUAUCAGCACCAAGAAUUUUGAAGCUGAGAAGGAGAAUUCCUCCUUGUCUGGCAGCUGGAACAGUGAGGGGAGCAUCAUGGAUAACCCCUAUCUGCGGCCUGUGAAGAAGCCCAAGAUCUGCAGGAAGUCCCUCUGCUGA